UGCCACCACAUAUAAACCCAUGGCUCUCACCCUCACUCCCCCACCCCCACUAAGCCCUCUUUCUCCCCCUCCUCCGUUUCUCUAACCUUUACGAGCGGUGGAGGACCCAAAACAAAAUGGAAAUAAAGCUCCGAUCUCCAUUCCUUCCCCUGCUCCUCUCCCUCCUCCUCCUCCUCCUCCUUCCUUCCAUCUCGGCCGUCGAUUCCAACGGCAGAAACGACGCCAAGCGGACGUACAUCGUCCGCGUGGAUCGCGACGCCAAGCCGUCCAUCUUCCCCACCCACGCCCACUGGUAUGAGACCACCGUCUUCUCCGUCUCCGCCUCCGCCGACGGCGCCACCGCUGCCGGCACCUGGACCCCAGGCGGACCCAUCAUCCACACGUACUCCUCCGUUUUCCACGGCUUCUCUGCCCGACUGUCCCCCGCCGCCGCCUCCAACCUCUCCUCCUUCCCCGGCGUCGUCGCCGUGCUCCCGGAACAAGUCCGUCAUCCGCUUACGACCCGCUCCCCUCGAUUCCUCGGCCUUCUCUCCUCCGAUCGCUCCGGACUCCUCGCCGAGACCGACUUCGGCUCCGACCUCGUCGUCGGCGUGAUAGAUACCGGCAUCUGGCCCGAGCGUCGGAGCUUCUCCGAUCAAGGCCUCGGACCCGUCCCUGCCAAGUGGAAGGGCGCCUGCGUCGCCGGCGCCGCCUUUCCUGCCACCGCCUGCAACCGCAAGCUCGUCGGUGCACGUUACUUCUCCGGCGGCUACGAGGCUACCAAUGGCCGCAUGAAUGAGUCCGCCGAGCUCCGCUCCCCGCGUGACACCGACGGCCACGGCACCCACACCGCCUCCAUCGCCGCCGGCCGCUACGUUUACCCGGCCUCCACCCUCGGCUACGCCCGCGGCGUCGCCGCCGGCAUGGCCCCCAAGGCCCGCCUUGCCGCCUACAAGGUCUGCUGGGCCGCCGGAUGCUUUGACUCCGACAUCCUCGCCGCCUUCGACGCCGCCGUCGCCGACGGUGUUGACGUUGUCUCCCUCUCCGUCGGCGGCGUCGUUGUGCCCUACUACCUUGACCCCAUCGCUGUAGGUGCCUUCGCCGCCGCCGAGGCCGGGAUCUUCGUAUCCGCCUCCGCCGGCAACGGCGGCCCCGGGGGGCUCACUGUCACCAAUGUCGCCCCCUGGGUCACCACCGUCGGCGCCGGCUCCAUGGAUCGCGACUUCCCCGCCGACGUCAAGCUCGGCAACGGCCGGACCCUCCCCGGCGUCAGCGUCUACGGCGGCCCCGCCCUUGCCCCCGGCCGCCUCUACCCGCUGAUCUAUGCAGCCGCCGCGCUCGCCGCGCCGGAGGGGGGAGCCGGAGACGGGUACUCCUCCUCGCUCUGCCUCGAGGGCUCCCUCGACCCCGACGCCGUUCGCGGCAAGAUCGUCGUCUGCGACCGGGGCGUCAACUCCCGCGCCGCCAAAGGCGAGGUGGUCCGCAAGGCCGGCGGCGUCGGGAUGAUCCUCGCCAAUGGCGUCUUCGACGGCGAGGGCCUCGUCGCCGACUGUCACGUCCUCCCGGCCACUGCCGUCGGCGCCGCCGCUGGCGACGAGAUCCGCAAGUACAUCGGCGCCGCCACUCCCCACUCGCCACCCACCGCCACCAUCCUCUUCCGCGGUACCCGCCUCGGGGUUCGGCCGGCGCCGGUGGUGGCUUCCUUCUCGGCCCGUGGGCCCAACCCCCAGUCGCCGGAGAUCCUGAAGCCGGACCUCAUAGCCCCGGGGCUCAACAUUCUGGCCGCGUGGCCGGACGGCGUGGGCCCCGCCGGGAUUCCGUCGGACCAUCGGCGGACGGAGUUCAACAUUCUGUCCGGCACGUCAAUGGCGUGCCCCCACGUGUCCGGGCUCGCCGCGCUGCUUAAGGCGGCGCACCCGGAGUGGAGCCCGGCGGUGAUCAAAUCAGCAUUGAUGACCACAGCCUAUACCAAGGAUAACAAAAAGAUGACGAUGCUGGAUGAAUCGACCGGGAAUUCAUCCGAUGUGUUCGACUUUGGUUCCGGCCAUGUCGAUCCCCUGCGAGCGAUGGACCCAGGGCUAGUCUAUGACAUCUCAACAAUAGAUUAUUUGAAUUUUCUCUGUAAUUUGAAUUAUACGCAACAGGACAUCCGGGCGAUCACGAGGCGGGCGGCGGAUUGCAGUGGUGCAAGGAAGGCCGGGCAUGCAGGGAAUUUGAACUAUCCAUCAUUCGCAGCAGUGUUCGUCGGUGAUGGGAGUGGAAAGAAGAUGUCGACGCACUUUAUAAGGAUGGUGACGAAUGUCGGGAAUGGCAGGGCGGUGUAUCGGGCAUCGGUGAGGGCGCCAGAGAAAAGCACAGUGACGGUGGAGCCGGAGGAGCUUGUUUUCCGGAGGACAGGGCAAAAGCUGAGCUUCGUGGUGAGGGUGAAGACGACGGCGACGGAGAAGCUGCCGCCGGGGAGCUCAAGUGCGAGGAGUGGUGCACUGACAUGGAGUGACGGGAGGCAUAUUGUUAACAGCCCAAUUGUGAUCACAAUGCAGGCGCCUAUGUGAUGGCACUAGAAGCAAAGAACACAGCUUUUGUUUUGUUCGAAGUCUGAAUGAACCCUAGCUCAGGGAUUCAGAAAAGUUCUAAGAACUAUCUAGGGUUUUUUGUUCUUUCCUCUUCCUAUGCCCUUGGUGUUGAACUUGAGAUGAAGGGCUUUAAAAAGGUUAUUUAGUAUGUAUAUGUACUAAUAUUGAGAGUGUGGCUUCUGGCUUGGAAGAGAGCAUGAUAGCACUGUGAAUGUUUAAAGAAGGAAGAGAAUGAUGCAGCAAGGGUAAAGAAGAGAUGGGAGGGAAAGGAGAUGGGUUGUGGGGUAUGUUUCUUGUUGCCAUGUAUUUGUUUUAUUUAUCAGUGUCUUUGAAUUCCAUCUUGCUCUUGGUGCA